GGGGGUAAAGGUGAGGGCGGAUAUAGGAAUAGCGGCAGAUCUAUUGGUGCCCGUCUCGUGGAGAAUCUGCCGACGAUCAAGAAAUACGACCCAUGGUCCUUCUCCGUCAAUUUAAUCAAUAGACCAUUGACGGAUUAGGUAAUGUAUACCAAGCUCCGAGAAAUGGGGAAGCUUCCUCAUACUUCCCCAGCUUCGAAUGGGCUUUAAUAUAUUUAUGAAGCUGGAGGAUUGGUUGCCAAUUAGGCUAGUAAAUUGGCUCUGGGCAAGCUUAGAUAUUCUGGUAGAUGGAUCUGCUCUAUAUAAAUAUCAUGUAUCCUUCAGUUCGUGACCUCACUGACGAUCCUGCAACAGACAAUUAUCAAAUCCUGAAAUCUACCUAGGUACGCAGAACCAACGACAGAAACCAAAAUGUUGGCAACUUCUUUCCUCAUGCUCGCGUUCGCCGCGGCUGGCUUUGCCCAGGCCCCUGAAGGCUACCGUACUGUAUAUGUCACUUCGAUGGUGGACCCCAAGUUCGUCUUGGUCCCCAUGACAGCUACUAGCGGUAGCACCUUGGUAGUUAAGACAGCUGCUCAGACACCCGAACAACAAUGGUAUAUCACAAGUGGCAACACAAAGAUCCAGCUAGCCGGCACUGAGCUGUGUCUAGAUGCAGGCGAACAAUCCAACUGGAAGGAUAUGGCCAACAUCUACAUUAAGGAGUGUUCUGACACGGCCGACUCUCAGAAGUGGGUAGCUAUGGAAGACGGAAGAAUCGCCCUUGAGUUGUCGAGCCCACAGGAAUGCCUCGACCUCCAGUUCAUGAGAGCCACAGAGAACAACCCGGUCGGUCUAUACAGCUGCGCAGGAUUAGGAAACACCGGUGCCGCAGACAAGGGCAUCAACUGGCCGCUUACCGACGCCACUGACCCUUAAAAUUAUGGAUCACCAACUACUUACUAUUCAAGUGAUGGGCACUUGAAAGGGUAUUAUCCAGAGCCAAGUGGAUUAGGAAGCUUGCUUCUAGGGAAUACGAGACCUAAUUACACAAAAAACUAUCAUGCUCUUUUAUAGUCACCAUUCAAAUCAUGUUCCUGUCGUUGAACCAAGUAAAUAAGGAGAAAGCCUAAUUCUAAAAGUAGUUAGAAGACAUCACAUCAAGCUGUCACAAUAAGAAGGUAGCUAAAGGGACUUGUUCAUGCUCGCCGUAA